CCACUGCACCACGCCGAUCUGCAGAUAUAUAUAGAUAAUCAUGCAUGAUCAAUCUAUGUCUGGUACUACUUCAGACCCUCCUACUAAAGCUACUGACCGUAAAAAAAAAAAAAGAGGGCCUACAAUAUGCAAAAAAUUGAGAAAAAAAAAGGCUUCAGAACUUUCAAUUCAGUUUGAUGAAAGUGGUAGGAUAACCGGAGAACAUUCUGCUGAGUUUUCUACAUACAUUGGGACUUUGGUUCGUGCUCAUGUUGAUAUCAAUUUCAAGAAUUGGCGUAAAGUAGAUUUAAAUCUUAAAAAUACCAUUUGGGAAGAUGUUAAGAGGCAAUUUGGUAUUGAAGAUGCUUCAAAGAAGUCAGUGGUUUUGAAAAUUGCACGGACGAGAUGGGGAGACUUCAAGAGUAGAUUAUUACGUGAGUAUGUACACAAGAAACAUCAAACGUAUAACUCUCCUACAGAACUUUAUGACUUUUUGAGUGCAGAACAAAGGGCGAAGUUUGUAGCUAGUAGACAGUCUGAAGAGUUUAAGGAAAGAAGUCAGAAGGCUAGGGAAUUGCAGGCGUUAAAUGAGCAUCCACACUUCUUAGGUUCUAGUGGAUAUGCAAGGAGACGACAAGAGUGGAUGAAAGAAGAUCCUCUAUCCUCACAAUCUUCGUGUGCGUCAGUUAGCUCGUCUUUGUUGUCCGAUGAUCGCAGCUUUGAUUGGAUACGAGCAAGAACAAAAAAAAGCAAAUGAUGGAAGUUACUUUAUUCCAAAUGAAAAAACACAGGAAGUGUUUCAUAAAAUUAUAGAAAAAUGUGAAGAACUUAAUCAAGGAAGAUUUGAACCAAAAAGACACCAUGGCGUAUUGUCAGUAGCUCUUGGAAAGGAUGAUAAUUCAGGUUCUGUAAGAGCAAUUGGUACAUACUCUACCAUCCAAGAAGUGUUUGGUCGACCAGAUCGGAAACAAAGCAUAUCGAGUGGGGUUUACUCAGAAGCUGCUGUCCAGCAAAUGUUAGAGAACUGUAGGCAAAAUACAAUAAUGGAGGUGGAAGCAAAGAUGAAUCCCAAGAUUGAAACAAUGGACCAGCAACUCAAGUUUUUGAUGAAGAACAUACCGGGGACACAUCUAUUUUCAGGAGGGGUCUCGGCUGGAACUCCUCUAAGUGAUCCACUGCCUACUCGUAGCAAUUGUCAUUCAGUUGACACAUAUCCAAUUACAACAAUUCAGAGUCCAAAAAUGUGUUUACUAGCAGUAUGCCCCAAUGGCACACCAAUUGUUGUUGCAAAGGGUAUGGCUCACCCAAGUACUGACGAGACUAUGGUGAAUCACCAACCAUUGUUGCCUAACUGUGUCAAAGUUUCGGUGGAUGAAGUGAUUAAGGGUAGAGAACAAUUUAAUCUCCCUUUACCAGAUCAACAAUAUGUCACUAUAGCAGAUAUAGUAGACAGUUUUGCACAAUGGCCUAUGCAUUUAGUGAGUUUAGAAGAGAGUUUAUCAAAACAAAAUAAGAAACCAAAAGAUCAAAGUGUUGAUCUAUCUACUACUGGUGCACGAGCUCCCAUUGUUGGUGAUGAUGUCUUACCGCACUUGGGGGAACAUUGCAAGUGUUUAGUGGAUUUGUUGAUAGGCUUUCCACUUGGUAAAGACUGUAUUGAGUUGGAGCUGGAUAAAGCAAUCUUCCAUCAUCAAAACACUCGUUCUAUUUUUGUGAUGAUGAAUGAUAUAACGGAUUUGAUGAUGAUGAAUUGGCUUAAUGUCUCAAUCAUACAAGUAUUUGUACUAUUUCUUAAUCAAUUGUGCAAUCAAUAUGAAGUUAGGUCAAUCGGGUUUGUCUGUCCGACCCAGAUUUCCCACACUAUGCUUAAAAGCAAUUUCCGCAAAGUUAUAUCAUAUUUCGUCCACGUCAUGGAGCAGCACAAAGAUAAAAACUUUAUUUUAGCACAAUAUCAUCAAGACUCUCAUUGGUUACUUUUGGUGAUUUGCAUACGGUCAAAAAGCAUAUGUAUCUUGGAUCCCUUGCCUUCUAAUCGCGACAUAGGUUUAAUUAAAGGCUCUAUGAAUUUAGCAUUUCGCUCUGUUCCUACGGGUGCACGGGUUAAGAAAAUCAAUUGGAAGCCAUGCAAAUGCCCGAGACAACCGCGAGGUCAUGAGUGUGGAUAUUAUGUCAUGCGAUACAUGUAUGACAUCGUGACAAAAUAUUCAUCUGUUGAUAAUUUGGAUGGGGCAUUUGAAAGUGAUAGUCCGUAUUCUAUCCACGACAUAAAUGAGCUUCGAGAGCAUUGGUCAAAGUUCUUUCUUUUCUGAGUGCUUAUAACUUUUAUUUUACUGAUAAAAAGUAUUUUGUUUUGAUGAUAGUAUUGAGUUGGGCAUGUUUUGAUGAUAUUAUUGUAUUAAAGUAUGAGGA